AUGUCAGGACGUCAACCACCCGGGCAGCCGCCCAAUGUCUCGAGCUCUUGGCGCAUGGUCGAGGGAGGCGAGAAUGAUAGCUUCGAUACCUCGUUAAUGCCCGACGACUAUGAUGGCAACGAUAUGAUCCUGUCCAGUCAAAGCGACCACUCGCAUGUAGACGGGAGCCAACCUUUCAGUAUGGACGGAUCUCAGCCAUUCAGUAUAGGAGGAUCACAGGACGAGAGUCUCGAAAGUUUCCUACACAGAGCCGAAGAUGAUGAUCAAGUCAUCAUGAGGACUCCCUUUCGACCUUCAAUACCGCAGUCUGUUCGACACGCGUCUCGCGAAAACAUGAGACACCGGAUCCAGCCAACACCGCAGGAAUUUUACAUGCCCAUGGUCGAUGUCGACAGUAGAGUUAUGGACAGCAGACGAUCCAGUGCACGCUCAUCCAUGACAAUACGACAGUUUCCGCCCUCGUUGCCUGGCCUACGCCAUCGUCAAACACACCGUUCCGACCGUCAUGCGUUAAGGAACUCUCGUGAGGAUCAUCACUCAUCGGGUGAGGAGACCGAGGUCAACGCGGAUAUUGAGGAGAGGGUUGAGGAAAUGAAGAGGUCUAGGACACCAAAACGACAACAGGCGCCCGAAAUCAAGGGAUUAUUUGACCGGUUCUUCGACUCAGUACCGGAUGCCGUGUUCAACACUUUUUCUUGGGCUCUGGGAGUCGUGGGGCUUGCGUUCAGAUAUGCGCAAAAGCCCAUCGCCAUCCUAGUGUCUGUCUACCUCAUCUUUGGCCUGUUUUCGAUGGCUCAGAACAUGGCAACGCUAUCACUCUAUACGGCAUUAUCACCAGUAUGCCGUGUGCCAGGCACGAGGUGGCUCAACCUGCCAUUUUGCGUCGACACUUCUACAAAAACGAACACCCACAUCCAGUUUGAUCCUAUAAUAGAGGUACAGGAUCGCUUCGAAGGGGUUCUGGAAAAAGCGGCCGAAAGUGCUUCGCUGCCGUUAGAGAUGAAGCGCUCCGAACUAGCCAUCCGCGACCUGCGGACCAUGGUUCGUUAUAGCCAGCUCCACGGCAAAGAACAACUGAUCCUUGAAUUCGACGGGUACAUCGACGCCGCAAGCUCGGCAACCUGGGAUCUUCAAAGGUUCAACACCCGCGUGGGCUCGACCAUCGAUUCCAUAAUCAGCGUCAACCGAUGGACGUCCCGCUACAUCGACGAACUCUCUGAUGACAUGGAGCACCGUGGCAUCAUAGGCGAGUGGUGGGACUGGGUCUUUUCCCCAUUCCAGCCAUCCACCUACACGGAGCGCAAGCUUCUGGACCAGUACAUCGACCACACGAUCCGCGUCUCGGACAAGAUCGCCAACCUGAUAAGGGAAGCACAAGCCGUGCUGGUCACGCUGCAGAGAGCGGAAGACCACCUGGAAGUUAUAUACGAUUUCGUGACCAGAACGCAGGAACACAUACAGGCCAAGAAGGAGGAGGUCUUUUGGCAGCUGUGGACCUACAUCGGCAUCAAAUCCGGCAACCGCAAGAGUUAUAACAACCAGCUGGCCCUGCUUAGAAAGGUCGAGGAACAGCGCUCGGAAGCCGUGACGCAGCUUAGCGAACUCAUUGUUGAGUUGCAAAAUAUCCAGGCCAGCCUCAACGGGCUGAGGGAUCGGGUUGGAGAGCCGGAGGUGGCGAGGGAUGCUGGGUUGGAUAUACCGCUCUAUGUGCACGUCGAAACCAUUGAUAGGGGAGUUGAGAGGCUGGAAUCGGCGAGGAACAAGAUAAGGGAUGUUGAGAAUGAGAGAGUGCGGGAGGCAUUGGCUAGGGGGAAAGAGGAGUUGCCCGAGUUAGAAGCGAAGGCGUAUAAUAGACGUCUUCCCGGUCUUGGCUGGUAG